GGUCACUGCCUCACGUGCACUCUGACAUCGUGAAGCAUCUCACCAACGAUCUCGGCACUGAAAAGCACGCGUUCGAGGUCUCAACUGCCUCGCAAUUCUUUGUCUCUCUGUCUAUUUUACUGACAUUCCCUUCCAAUCAAACAUCUCUCCACAAAACCAAAAUCUCUGAACAUGGCACCAAAGAACAGAAUCAUCAUCGAUACCGACCCUGGUAUCGAUGACAUCCUCGCCAUCCUACUCGCGCUCGCAGCCGAUGCCGAGGACCUUGAGGUGCUCCUCCUGUCCAUCACAUACGGCAAUGUCUCCGUAGAUAAGACUCUCAAGAAUGCGGUUGCUCUUUUCCACGUUCUUGACCUCGAGAUGCAGUGGCGCGAGAAGCAGGGCAAACCCCUAGGCUUCGAGGCUCUGCGGACGUACAAGCCUCUCGUCGCUAUUGGGCCUGAGCAUGCCCUCGAAGAGGAGAUUCUGAAGGAGGAUGGCUUCCACGGCAUGGAUGGUCUGCACGAUGUUCACGUCAAGCAACCACACCUGUCCCCAGCAGACACCUGGAAGUCUCUCUUCAAGGACGGGGUGCCCUCGCCAACUGACGACCCUUCCUACUACAAGUACUUCACCCCGUCCCGCGUGCCUGCGCACAAGGAGAUCCUGCGCAUCCUCAAGGAGGAGCCCGCCGGGAGCGUAACCAUCUGUGCCGUUGGCCCGCUGACUAACGUUGCCAUGGCCGCGGCCGAGGAUCCCGAGACGUUCCUGCGGCUCAAGGAGCUCGUGGUGAUGGGCGGCGCCGUCGAUGUCGAGGGCAACAUCACGCCCGUUGCCGAGUUCAACACGUACGCCGACGCCGUCGCCUGCGCGCGUGUGUUCGCCCUGACAUCCCCCAACCCGGCAUCCACCAUGCCGCCUGCUCCCGCCGACAAGUCUGUCUUCCGUCUCCCAGACUACCCGGAGAAGCUGUCCAAGCAGCUCACCGUCAAGUUGUUCCCCUUGGACAUUACGACGCCGCACUUGCUCAACCUCGGCUUCUUCACCGAGACCAUCAAGCCGCACCUCGAGGUCGGCUCCCCGCUCGCAAGCUGGGUCAACACUUUUAUGAGCGGCACUUUUGCCAAGAUUGUCACCAUGGUCGGCGACGGCUCCGAGCCGGGGCUGUCCCUGCACGACCCGUUGACCGUGUGGUACGCCAUCACGCGCGACGACCCGCGGUGGAAGCUCGCGGCCGACGCUCCCGAGGACAUCCGGGUCGAGACGUCGGGCCAGUGGACGCACGGCAUGCACAUUCGCGACCGCCGCGGGCGGCCCAAGCCCGAUGGCGUCACCAGCUGGGAGCACCCUGGUGAUGAGUACGGUUGGACCAGCCUGAUCCGGGGUAACAGGAUCGAUCGGAUCGUGGACAGCCCUGGCAUCGAGGACUUUGCGCCGUAUGCCAUGAAGCGCCUCUUCGGCUAGCACUAGCGUGGGCUGGUACCAGGACUAUGAGGUAACAUGCUAUAGUUCGUGCCACACAAUUCCAGAUGGAAGUGUCCUGUACU